CUCCAAAACUUUCCCUUUGUUGAGAUUUCCCAUUCCAGCCGGGAGGAAUGGGAAAAAAAUCAGAGAUUAUCAUUGCCAUUGUUGUGCCUACUGCCGUCUUGGUUGUGCUGCUUGCGUUUGUUUGGAUCUGUGUGAGAGUGAGAAAGCAAGGAAGAAAAUUUCCAAGUGAGACUGAAGCUGAUGAUUCAAUUGAGCAUACUGAGUCAAUAAGAUUCGAAUUUGACACCAUCGAAGUUGCUACAAAUAACUUCUCUGAUGCAAAUAAGCUCGGACAAGGAGGAUUUGGACCAGUUUACAAGGGAAAGCUCUCCAAUGGACAAGAGAUUGCAGUAAAAAGGUUGUCUAGGGAUUCUGGACAAGGGGACAUUGAAUUUAAGAAUGAAGUACAAUUAAUGGUCAAGCUUCAACACCGAAAUUUAGUUAGACUCCUUGGUUUUUGUUUGAAACAAGAGGAACGGCUUCUAGUAUAUGAGUUUCUUCCUAAUAAAAGUCUCGAUCACUUUAUAUUUGAUCCUAUCAGACGUGAACAAUUGAGAUGGGAAACGCGCUACACAAUUAUAAAAGGAAUUGCCCGAGGCCUUCUUUACCUUCAUGAAGAAUCUCAACAACAAAUUAUUCAUCGUGAUCUUAAAGCAAGUAAUAUUCUCUUAGAUGCAAGCAUGAAUCCAAAAAUAUCAGAUUUUGGCAUGGCAAAACUAUUUGCUAUGGAUCAAACUCAAGCCAAUACGGAUAGAGUUGUGGGGACCUAUGGGUAUAUGGCACCAGAGUAUGCAAGGCAUGGACAAUUCUCAGUGAAAUCUGAUAUCUUCAGUUUUGGCGUGCUAAUUCUAGAGAUUGUGAGUGGCCAGAAGAAUGGUGGCUUACAUAAUAUGGAGAAUGUCGAGCAUCUACCAAGUUUGGCAUGGAACAGCUGGAGGAAAGGGACAGCCUCUAACAUUAUAGAUCCCACAUUAACAGAUGGCUCAAGAAAUGAAAUAAUGAGAUGCAUUCACGUCGGUUUACUGUGUGCUCAAGAAAAAGCUGCUAAGAGACCAACCAUGGCUUCUCUUGUACUUAUGCUCAGCAGUCACUCUUUCUCACUUCAAGCGCCCAUGAAGCCUGCAUUUUUUAUGAAUGACACAAGUUUAUCAGGAAGACAAUCUGGGAAUUACAGAUCUAUGUCAACAAGUUCCGGUGAGAAAAAAAGAAAAUCUGUAGAAUCAUUAUCAGUAAACGAGGCCUCAAUAACUGAUAUAUGUCCUCGAUAAUUUGAGUUGUAGAGGUGACAUUCUUGAUCAUAAUUGCUGGUAUAUUUGUUAUUCCACCAAUAUAACAGUGCUUUAUUUUUAAAAAAAGAAAAUCAUAGAAUUUUUCAGUGCAUAAACAGGAAAAGAUGCAAGUAAUGUAUUUUAAUUCAAAAGUUCUCUGUGUUGUAAAUAAAGAAUUUCAUAUCA